GAAAAUGAAGCUUCUUCUCCUUGCCUGCUUAGCAGUUCCAGCAAUUUUUGCUCAACAAACUUCUGCUCCAGGAGGAAAUUUGUGCAAUUAUACUCCAGUUGGAGAUGAAUCCACACAGGAUGCAGUUCCAAUUCAAGAUUUCCGAUCCUCUGGAUUGGAUUUUGUGAGACCAAAUUGGUGCAUCACUCACUGUGCUGACCGCAAAUCCGUCAAGGUUGCUGCACGUUUCCAAUUUGCCAAUCAGUCAACUGCAGUUCCAACCUACAAUGUUCGCCGUCACUACACCCGUAAAUCUGGAGUCAAGGUUCAUGCUGAGCUGAUCAGCGGCACUCCAACCAAGCGCGAUGAUGAUGAUUUCAAUUUCUGCAUCGACGACACUGUUUCUGCAACAAUCGAUACGGUUGUUAAGACUUACAAUGACAUCGAAACCAUGUCAGAGGCUCUCAACUUCUAUAUCAAUAAGCCAGGAUGGGCUUAUGUCAUCUAUGAUAUGGGAGUUCCACCAAGCGUCAUUGGAACCGACAAUGUCAAGCAAGAUAUGAACUACUGCGAGAAGUUUGCCCAAAAGCAAAUGCCGGAUGGAACCUGGGGUUUGUAUCAAGUGUUCGCCGGAUUGAUCAAGGCCAACUGAUUUGUGAUUUUUUGGGUUUUUCCCACAACUAACAGUGCAGAUGUAAUUUGAAUAAAACUUUGAACAU